AUGAAGUUUCCUGCAUUAUUCAUUAUCGUUAAUCAAAUUGUUAUCUUUUACUUUUUCUCAAAAAAUAUUAAAAACAAAUACCAUUCUCUUCCAGAGGAAUUGUUGGCUGAAAUCCUGCUAAGGUUACCUGUGAAAUCCCUAGGGCGAUUCAAGUGCGUAUGCAAAUCAUGGUGCUCCAUCAUUAACAGCCCUUAUUUCACUGCUCGACAUACGUAUACCACCAAUCUUUAUCUCCUCCUCUGUCCCUCCAUUGUUCGUUUGGGAGAAAUUCACAGGCUUUCUUACGACACACUCAGAGUAGUGGAGAAAACAAAAUAUCAUCCUCAAAUUGACCUUGAAUUCGGAAAAAUUGACAUUCUCUCUAGCUGCAAUGGUCUCAUCUUGUUUUCUGCAUUUUUUCAAAACAAGUGGGGUCUAUGGAACCCCACAACUGGACAGACUAAGCUUCUUCCAUUUUCAUCAAGCGAUCAAAUAACUUGGUGCUCAUUUGGGUUUGGGUUUGAUACCGAAACUAUGGAUUACAAGGUGGUCAUGGUUUACAAGCAACACAAUGACACUAGAUUGGUUACCAUGUACAGCUUAAAAACUAACACUAGGACUAGUAUAGCAACUUUUUCAGAUGAGGGUUUAGAGUUGAUAUAUGGUUGGCCUGGUCAUUUCAGUAAUAAUGGAAUGAUUUCCUGGAUAGCAAUGUAUAAUGUGGAUGGUAAAGCUAGGGAUACCAUUCUUUCCAUAGACCUGCGCAGUGAGACCAUAAUAACUACACCCUGUCCUAGUAGUAUUACUGUUUUGCAUCAUAGUCCUUUGGUUUAUAAGGAGUCCUUGGCUCUCGUUGAUGUCGAAGGUGAAAGAGGCUAUGAUAUAUGGGUAUUGGGUAAAUAUGGUGUUGAGGAGUCAUGGAAGAAGCUAUUUACUGUUCAACAUCUUCGAGCAAUAGACCGGGUGUUGGGGUUUUGGAAGGAUGCAGGUAAGGUUUUUGUUGAAAAGUAUGAUCUUGAAACGGAUCUGCUUUUGCUUGACAUUGCUACCCAAGAAACAACAAGUCUUCAUAUUUCUAAAAAAUGUAAUACUUUGUUAACCUACAGAGAGAGUCUAGUUUCACUUAAUAGCUAG